AUGGCAUCUUUCAACAAUGUCUUGACCAAAGCUGCCGCCGGACGCCUCUGCAAGGCUAUGGGCGUGCGGAUGGUGGCCAACCCGCUCGUGGUGCAGCUGGCCGCCAACGCCGGCUUCGAAGCGCUGUUCAUCGAUCUCGAACACUCUACGUUGUCGCUCGCCGACGCCAGCGCCAUCGCCUGCGCGGGCCUGCUCAGCGGGCUGACCCCCCUCGUUCGCGUGCCCUACCAGUGCGGCAUUGGGUUCGUGCAGCAGGCGCUCGACGGGGGCGCCAUGGGCAUCGUGUUCCCGCACAUCCACACGGCGGCGGACGCGCGCGCCGCGGUGCAGACGUGCAAGUUCCCGCCGCUCGGGGUGCGGUCCAUGUGGGGGCAGCAGCCGGCACUGGGGAUGCGCGUCACGGCCAUCGGGCGCAUCGUCGAGGUGUGCAACGCGGCCGCGUCGUCCGUCAUCGUCAUGAUCGAGGCCGCCUCCAGCAUCGAGAACAUCGAGGCCAUCGCGGCCGUGGAGGGUGUCGACGUGCUCCUGGUCGGCUGCCUCGACCUGUCCACCGACAUGGGCAUGCCCGGCCGCUUCGAGACGAGGGCGUUCCGCACAGCGCUGGAGAAGGUCAGCGCGGCGUGCCGGCACAGCGGGAAGACCAUGGGUCUGGCGGGCAUCUACAACAACCGCGAGCUGCACGAGUGGGCCAUCAACACGCUGAAUGUCCGCUUUAUGCUCUGCCAGCAGGACUCGAAUCUUCUCGCAAUGGCUGCCGUGGAUUGUGCAUCAGCGGUGGCUAAGAUUGAUAGAGCACGGUUGCUAAACUAG